AUGUCUGCGCCGUCCGCUAGUUUCGCGCUUGCGAUAUCAUAUCACAAAACAUACCCGGUCCCCACUCGGUCGAUCAUUGACCCCGCAGAUUUCGUGGGAUCCGAACGCAGGUUCAUAAAGCUGAAUUUGAUUUUGUUGCAAAACACCCGCAACGGACGACGGAAGCUCAAGCUUCCGGAAGAUAUCGUGAUUUCUCAUACAAGCUGUGUGGGGACCGAGUAUGUACUAUACUGUGAUGUCCCUAGCGCGAAACUAGCAGAGGGCACAGAUAUGAGAAUCCUGACGUCAUCGGCAUGUUGUUGUGUCGAUCAGUCGGAGUUCAAUACUGAUGCUCCUCUCGGCUUCCCACCUGUAGCCGCGUGA